ACGGACUGCCAUUUUUUCUUGUCAUGCACCAAUUGCUCUUUCCAUCUUCUCUAAUUGUUAUGCUUGGUUUCCUUCCAUCUUUUCCAAAUUCUUACGAUGUAUGUCCAUCUCCUCUGCUCUCACUCACUCUCAAUGCUCUGUUCCCUCCAUCCCCUGUUUCCAUCCACUCACUCUCAUAAGACCAUCUCCUUUUCCCUUCACCCACGUCUGCACUAAAUCUCAACAAGGCUAUCCUUUUGGGCUUGUGACCACCAAUGUUUAACAACCAAAUUACUUGCAAUGGAAUGCCUGCCUCCUUCCCUACAAACUUCUUGUUACCACAUGAAGAGAGCCACCAUCCCCCAACUUCUCUUAGUCCCCUGCUACCCACCAAUCCACAGGACUUCAGAGGUGUGGCCACCAUGCUGGGGAAGAGGUCCAUGUCUUUCUCAGGCGUCGAGGCCUGUGAGGCGAUGAAUGCGGAGGAUGAGCUCUCUGAUGAUUGCUCGCAGGUGGCGGAGAAAAAGAAGAGGCUGAAUUUGGAGCAGGUGAGGACUCUGGAGAGGAAUUUUGAGAUGGGGAACAAGUUGGAGCCAGAGAGGAAGAUACAGUUGGCCAGGGCACUUGGGCUGCAGCCAAGGCAGAUUGCCAUAUGGUUUCAGAACAGGAGGGCCAGAUGGAAGACCAAGCAAUUGGAGAAGGACUAUGAUGCCCUCAAGAGGCAGUUUGAGGCUGUCAAAGCUGAGAAUGAUGCCCUCAAAGCCCAGAACAAGAAGCUUCAGGCUGAGAUUUUGGCGCUUAAAGGAAGAGAAAGAACUGAGCCCAUCAACCUGAAUAAAGAAACUGAGGGCUCUUGCAGCAACAAGAGUGAGAAUAGCUCGGACAUCAACUUAGGUACCUCAAGAACACCAGCCACUGGUAGCCCUUCAAAUCCCCACCAAAGCAGGUCUUUUCUUGCAUAUAGAUCCCCGAGUGUUGCUCAACUCCUCCAGAGCUCCUCCAAAGCAGAGACCCAAGGCCCCAAGAUGGAGCAUGGCAUCCAAGAGGAGAACUUUAACAUGUUCUGCAGCAUAGAAGAUCAAACUGCCUUCUGGUCAUGGUCAGAGCAGCACAAUUUCCAUUGAUCCAUUGAGAAUUAUGUGGUUCAUCAUUCUUCGCAUGCGCGACAAAUUCGCUGGUUGGUUACGGUCAUAACUUGGCAUUUGCCUUCACCAUUGGUGUUUGAAGAACGAAGCUAGUGAUCUGAAUGGAACCUUGGAAGGAGGUGCUGGGGAAUAAGUAGUUCUUGAUAAUAUUAGUAGUUCUUUGAAGCUAGUCCAUCUUUUCUUCCCCAUACUACUUGGAGCUUUUGAGGGGUUGUUAUGAGAUGGACCUAGUUUAUAUAUGUUUUGGUCGAUGGUCCAUAGCUCCUCCAUGGACCAUGAAACAAUGGGGAUUUUUCUCCAUAUACUGGUGUACUCCCUUAAGCUUACAAAGGAAGAACAUGUGGGUACUGGUUCAGGUGUUUUGAAGAAA